UCUAGGUUCCGGGGGGUGAGCGUCUGGGCUUGGCCGGAGGACGGUAGCGUCGGUCCUAGGAUGAAAGGGCCAUUUCCUUCCGGGCGGGGGUCAAAUCCUCGGGAAGCCGAGCCAUCCCGUCCAGCUACCUGUCCCAUACGAGGCGCAGGCCAUGUCAUCUCUCUAGGAGGCUCCGGAGAACCCGCCACGCUGUCCCUCUCGGGUGCAGAAAGCCGGCUUCCCCCGGCCCGCUGGGAAGAUUCCCAGCUACACAUCCGGCCGGGGCAUCUGAGGGCAGGAGCCAAGCCGGGCGUGCUCGAUAGACCAGUGGAGAGCACUCUCGCCUGACUCCCUGUCCUCCUCACCCGGACCCAGACUCGGCACCGCACACUCCCCCGGCGGGGGGGAGGGGGGCGGGGGGAGCGGCGCAGUCACGCGCGCACCAUACUUGCACUCACAAGCGCGCAAGGCUCUCGUUCUCCGCCCGGCACACCUGCGCUCCGCCCCUGGUCCUGGGCAGGCAACGGUCUAAGGCUUUGGGGAACCCAGGGCGGCUGCGGCGGCACCCCCCUUCUCCUUCCCUUCCCAGGGCUGGAGUUGUCCGGAACCUGUCUCCGGUCCCAGCCAGCCCGCAUCCCUCUCCAUCCUUCCCUCCCCCCGCCUGCCCCGGCACGGCUAUCUGCAGCCGCAGCCCGGAGCCCUUGAGGAGGCGAAGGGGGGAGGGGAAGGAAGCAAGGGAUGAGCGCCGGGAGGGCGUCGGGGUCCCUGAGCCGGACUAGGACGUCCCUGGAACCGGAACCCGAGCCGGAGCCGGAGCCGGAACCAAACCACGUGUCCUUGGGAGGGACGGAAGCGCAGGAUAAGCUGGAAAGGGGAACGCUCUGGGCGUCGGAGAAGCGGACCAGGCUCGUGGAAGAGGGCUUGCGCAGCCGCCGUCUGGCACCCCGGGCCCGGACCAGCACCCCUGGCACGGACAGCUCCCUGGUUGGGUAGUGGGGUGGGGCCAGACCUCAGAGGCUUGCUUGUCUCGGAUCCUGAGGACGGCAUUCCUAUCCCUCGCCCCAUCCCUAGCUGCAGCCCCCUAACCCCAGGAGGCGCCCUGGCCCGCGCUCGCCCCCCAGGGCCUCAUGUCGGAAUCACAGCCUGACCUGGAGCCGCCCCAACAUGGGCUGUACAUGCUCUUCCUGCUUGUGCUGGUCUUCUUCCUCAUGGGCCUGGUAGGCUUCAUGAUCUGCCACGUGCUCAAAAAGAAAGGCUACCGCUGCCGCACUUCGAGGGGCUCGGAGCCUGACGACGCCCAGCUCCAGACCCCAGAGGACGAUGACAUGAAUGAGGACACAGUAGAGAGAAUUGUUCGAUGCAUCAUCCAAAAUGAAGCCAAUGCUGAGGCCUUGAAGGAGAUGCUGGGGGACAGUGAAGGAGAAGGGACAGUGCAGCUGUCCAGUGUUGACGCCACCUCCAGCCUGCAGGACGGAGCCCCCUCCCAUCAUCACACAGUGCACCUGGGCUCUGCAGCCCCUUGCAUCCACUGCAGCCGCAACAAGAGACCCCCACUUGUCCGUCAGGGACGCUCCAAGGAAGGAAAGAGUCGCCCCCGGCCUGGGGAGACCACUGUGUUCUCUGUGGGCAGGUUCCGGGUGACACACAUUGAGAAGCGCUAUGGGCUGCAUGAGCAUCGUGAUGGCUCCCCCACAGACAGGAGCUGGGGGUCUGGUGGGGGGCAGGACCCAGGGGGCGGCCAGGGGUCUGGGGCAGGGCAGCCCAGGACAGGGACGCCUGCCACUGAGAGCCUUCCCCCUGAAAGGCCACAGCCCCAGGCCCUUACCAGCCCCCCAGUGCAGAAAGGAGGACUCAGGGACAGCAGUUUAGUCCCUCAUGCACUUGAGGGGAACCCUGGAGCCUCUGCAGAGUUGGUGCUGGGGGCUGGAGGGAGGGGCCCAAGCCCAGGGCCGGCCAGUCAAGAGGCAAAUGGACAGCCAAGCAAACUGGACGCCUCAGAUCAUCAGGUAGGAAGACAUGUGGUGGGCUCAGCUCUUAUUGCCCCUGCUCUGGGGGACACUGAUAGGACCCACUUCCUGUCCUCCCAUUGUUGACCCCUCCUCUCUCUCAGGUGUCCCCACCACGGGGAGCAGGGGGUGUGUGAGGUGAGUCUGCCUGGGCCCCAAGUCAGACAAUCUCAUCCUCCCACCCCCUACUUUAAACUGCCUAAGCCCAUCCAUCCCCUGAACCCCCAGGGUAAACCGCAGCCUUAGCCUCUGGUACAUAUUCCUUGGUUCGGUGGUGGGAGUGGGGCAUGUGCUCCAGGGGAUAGGGGAGGUCCUACAGCCCCUGCAGAAAAGCAGGGACACAGCUGUGGGAGGCAACACUGUUACCCUUCCUCUCCUCCAAGCCUCCUCCUUCACUGCACUGAUGGACUACCAGCUGGCAGGGCCGCGGGGUGGGGGUGGGGGGGCAGGAAGCCCCUCCUCUCCACUGGACAGCACUGCCCCCCAGCUGAGGGACCAGCCCUACUUCCACCUGGAGUUGCACGGUCUCAGGCUGGGGGACCUUGGGAGAAGUCCCACCUCUGGCCCUCAGUCCCUUCCCCUUCUCGCCAAAAGGCCGCCUGACCCGCCUUCCGCAUCACCUCACUCCAUAUGCUAGAGCGUGGCGGCUGGGAGCAGGCCCCUGCCCUUCGUGGGUCCUUAAAGCAAUAGCACCUUAGGCCCCCUUCCCUCUUGGCACAAGAGGCCCAGGCGCUGGCUUGGACUUCGUGCCCUUUAUUCACUGUCAAUAAAUCCGCUCAGACCAUUA